AUGCAGUCCGGCGGCUAUGAAUUCGCGUCGGCGCCGCGCUCCGUGGCCACCAAGCGCAGCAAGGCGUCCGGGGCCUCGAACGCCAACGGCCAUGCCGAGCGCGCGCAGAACAUCAUGUUUGACAAGCGCGUGCACCGCGGCAGCGCCUACGUCAUGCGAGAGGAGACGCCCGAGAGUCCGGGAAGAGGCGGCGGCGGGGACUCCAGGAAGCCUAGCAAGGGCGCCACUAGGGCGGCUCGUUAUCAGCAACACCAGCAGCAGCAGCAGCAACAACAACAGCAACAACAACAGCAGCAACAGCAACAGCAACGGCCGGCCACGCCACCUCCUGUAGGCGGUAGGUUCCACAUGGACGUACAGACCGACAAUUAUCUCGAAGAGCUGACGGACCGCAACCCGGAGGUGGACGCGGAUACGCAGACGGAUGCUCUGCUGGACCUUCAUCCGCCUAUUUCGUUCGUACCGACGCCGUCGGGGGUGGACGUUGCCACGCAGAUCGAGGGCGGAGAUCUGUUCGACUUCGACCUGGAGGUCGAGCCGAUUCUGGAGGUGCUCGUAGGUAAGACGCUGGAGCUUGGGAUGCUGGAGCUGCUCGAGGAGAUCGAGCUGCGCGAAAUUCGCCAGCGCCAGGAGCUGUUUGAGCAGGCUCGUAACGCAGAGCUGGCCGAGGUGCAACGUCUUGAAGCCGAGGCCAAGCGCCGCUUCGCCGAGAAGCAGCGGCGCCUGGACGAGGAGACUGCGCGUCUCGCAGCACAAGCCGAGCUGGAGGAGAAGGUGGCUGCCCGUGCAUCGGCCAAGCAAUACCUUGCUAGUCUGCACGCACAAGUGUUCGACACGCUCGUGGAGAGUGGCCACUUCUUCGACCCAUUAGCAAAGGACGUAAAACAGAGCUUCUUGCCUGCGCUGCUCGAAAAGGCCGCUGCUCGCGCGCAUCAACUUGACGCCAGCCGCAAGUUGUUAGACGCGAUACUCGUCGAUGCACUGCGCUCUCGAGCUGCGAGUGGGUAG